UUAUAAGAUAGUUCCCUCCAAGACAGAGAAGCAGGACUGAAGGCACCCAGAGGUGGGCAAAUCAGUCUCCAGCUCAGCUCCCACAAAGGCCCCAGGCACAGCAUGUCCCUGGGAUGCAAAUGGAGGUACUUCCAUGUCAUUGUCAUCCUGGUGGUGCUUUUGAGUCUUCUCUUGGGAAGCUUCCUCAAUACACAAGUCAGCUUGCUGAUCCCUCUCUUCAGUGGCCAGGAGUCCUUCCACCCUGUGACCAAUGUCAUGUUCCUCAAGACCCACAAGACCGCCAGCAGCACCGUUAUAAACAUCCUGUACCGGUUCACAGAGAAGUGGAAUCUCACGGUGGCCCUGCCUGCAGGGCAGCUUUUCCAUCUGGGUUAUCCCUGGCUCUUCCUGACCAAGUAUGUGGAGGGAUUCAAAUCCCUGAAUGGGACCUUCAACGUCAUGUGCAAUCACCUGAGGUUUAACCCCACAGAGGUACAGAAAGUGAUGCCAAACAACACUUUCUACUUUUCCAUAUUGAGGAACCCAAUUUUCCAGCUGGAGUCCUCUUUUGUGUAUUACAAAGGAUAUGUGCCUGCUUUUCAGAAGAUGAAAAGCCUGAAUGAGUUUUUGGCAUCUCCACUGAGGUACUACAAUGAAAACGUAUCUAUAAGAAACACGUAUGCCAGGAACAACAUGUGGUUUGACUUUGGCUAUGAUAACAACAAAAGUGGCAAAGACUACGUGCGGGGGGUGAUCACGGAGAUCCAGCAGCAGUUUCAGCUCAUCCUGAUUUCUGAGUAUUUUGAUGAGUCCAUGGUCCUCCUGAGAAACACCUUGCACUGGGAUCUGGAUGACGUGGUCUACUUCAAGCUAAACUCGCGGAGUGAGAAUACGAUCCAGAACCUGACCAGGGAGAGCCAGGAGAAAGUGAAGGAGUGGUGUGCUUUGGACUGGGAGCUUUACCAGCAUUUCAACAGGACCUUCUGGCAGAAGAUCAGGGAGGUCAUUGGGCUGAAGAAACUGCUGAAGGAAGUGGCUCUCUUGAGGGAAAGGCAGCGGGAGCUCAUGGACAUAUGCAUCCAGGAUGGGGAGCCAAAGAAUAAGACACAAAUCAAAGACGCGAGGCUCAGGCCCUACCAGUCUGGGCAGGCCAGCAUCCUGGGCUACAAUCUCAAACAACAUUUAGACAAUGAGACCAUGGCCAUGUGUCGCAGGAUGGUGAUGCCUGAGAUACAGUACAUGUCCCACUUGUACUCUCAGCAAUUUCCCACAAAUCCCCCCAAGAACAUCAAGUUGCAGUGAUGGAAAAGUGAUUGCCCUCCUUACCUGGCACACCAUUCACUCCAAAAGGAAUACUCCAUAGCUAACAUGGAAGAAUCAGACGGAUGGACCCGAUGAUGGAAUUUUAAGUCUGAUUGCUUUUCCCCCCCUUGACUAAACUUAUGACUUCAUUGGGAUAGGGACCUUCCAGUAAGGAAACUCCCUCUACCAAUGCAGACCUUGCCAUUGUUCUGAAAUUCAGUCUUAGAGAGCUGCCUAGGGCACUGAGAGGUUAGGUUACUGGCCCAGGGUGACAUAGCCAGGAUGUGUCAGUCAGGACUCGAACUCAGGUCUUUCUGGACUUUAGGCCAGUUUUCUAUGUGUCAUAUUACACUGAUUGCUUACAGGCUGGAAAAUAUAGAUACUAAGUAACUUCUACUGUGUAAAACACAUGCUUUGAAAAAAUUUUGUUGAAAAGAUUUUUAGCUCGAGGGAUCUGUCAUUCAGUAGAUCAACAAGUCUGGAUUAAGUGCUCACUAUUGCCAAGCACUGUGAGGAUAAAAAGAAAGGCAAAAAGGUGGUCUUGGGGCUCAAGAAACUCAUGUUCUCACAGGGGUGGGGAACCUGCCGCCUCGAGGCCACAUGUGGCCUGCUAAGUCCUCAAGCGCAGCCCUUUGACUGAAU